CAAAAAGCAUCAGUAGAUUCGUGCUGGUCAUAGUCAUAGCCAUGGACAGCGACUUCGUGAGCGAGUACCGGUCCCUUGCAGACCCCGGCGAUGUGACGAGCUCAAAGAAGGUUGAAGAGGCGCAGCUCUUCAAGAAGAUCUUGAAGACCAACACUGCACAGUUCAAAAGCGACACGGACAAGGCUUUGCGCCGGAGUGUGCAAGCCAAGAAGGAACGCGAGCGACUGAAGGCCUUGCGCGGUGGCAAGGGACAUACCUUUCUGUACUCCUUGACGAGCGCCCACUCUCAUCGUUUGGAAGCAGUGAUUUUUAGAAACUUCAUUGGCAUCUUGAUUGUCACCAAUGUGGUUUGCUUCAUCAUUGAAACGGACAAGUACACAGAACGAAAGUUCAAACAGUUUUUUCACCAGAUGGAGGCGGUGUCAUCCUGCAUCUUUGCUGUUGAGUAUGUCAUGAGAGUUCUAACUAUUCAUGAGAACAAGCGCUUCGAGGAAAUGACCAUCCCUCAAGCGCGGCUUAAGUUCAUUUCUUCGUUCACCUCAGUGGUCGACUUGGUCUCCUUCAUGCCAUGGUUCAUUGAACGAAUCUUUUCCACUGAGAUGCCCAACCUUCAAUUCUUACGUGUGAUCCGCCUUUUCAGACUCUUCAAAUCCAACUCAGUCAUGGCCUCUGUUGACGUGAUCGCAAGAGUACUUUACUUCAAUCGAGAAAUCCUUUGUGUCGCAUUUAUGAUUGAUUUGAUUCUAAUUCUUCUGAUGUCCACCGUUUUGUACUACAUGGCUCCACCUCCAGACACUCCUGGACUUGAAGAUGACUUUGAGUCUAUUCCUGCAACAAUGUAUUUGUCUGUGAUGAUGCUCACUGGGCAGGGUCAACCUGGCGGACAACUGCCAUGGUACACCAAGGUGAUUGUUGUCGUUACUGCGGUUUUGGCCACGGCACAGUUCGCAAUUCCUGCAUCCAUGCUGACUUGGGGCUUUGAGCAAGAAGCGGAAAGGCGAUUGCACAAGAAUCACCAGGCACAGAUCAAGCAGAAGGAGCGAAUCCUGAAGGGCGACACGCAAUGGGAUGUUGUGGAUGUGAGCAGUAGUUCCACAAGUGAAAGUGACGUUGGCCAUGAAUGGGCUGAGUAUGAGGCAGUGGUGGUAGGAAGCGACAGUGAGUCCGAAGAGGAUAAUGUGGAAUCUGCUGCACAUAUGACUGCCCUGAGCGCUUCUGAGGCUGCUAGGAUUGCAAAGGUUUUCUCAGUGCUGGAUGCCGAUGAUAGUGGGAUGCUCCAAACAAGCGAGAUUUGUCGGAUUGUGGGUGGGCAUGGUGGGCAAAGUCAAAUUGACGGUCGAAACCUGUCCGAAGUGCUUGAUGGAGACAACGAUGGUCGAACAAGCUCCGAAGAGUUUCUGCAGUGGUUGACUGGCAUUAAGGCAAAGAAUAUUCAUGUGUUCCACAUGAUUAUGAAGGACUUGGAAGAUCUCAAGCCCAAGCGUCGUGGACUUGGUAGCCAAGGCUCAGAUUUGAUGCCCGAGAAUCUCAUGGCAUUUGCUAUGCGCUUCCAAGAGUUGAAUGAAGAGGUGAAGAGACUGAAGGAUGAAGUGGCAUCCAAAGACAUGGAGAUUGCCUGGUUGAAGCGAGACCAGCCGAAAUGAGUACAUUGUAGGAAAGCUAUCUACAUCUAUCUACUAUUGCCCAUUUUGAGAGAGCUGUUACCAGAUUGGUCGCGAGAUCAAAAACAAAUUUGCAGUCGUUGAGUUCUUUGGGCUUACGGGGCGCUCUCAUCUUGAGCGAGCGUUAGGAUGCGUUAGGUGUAGACUGCGUUUGAAUUUUCAGAGUAGCUACAAAGACCUUAAACGUGCAAUUUCGCUAUGAAGAUCGCAAUGCCUGGGAAGUAUGGUUGCAACAAGAUCAGGUUGAUCAGGUUGACACAUGAGCCACAUGUCACUGCACUAUAAACAAACGUUGUGCAGGCAUUAAACCUGGAGAGUUUGAAACAACUGUUGCGCCGGAAUCUUUGCCUUCACACAACGGAACCAGUAAGAGGCUGAAUGGUGCGCAGAAUCCAGCGUGGACUUUCUUACGAAUUUCACAGAUGUCGAGUGCCCAGGUUCUGUGGUGCUAUGGCUCUGCGAUGAGAUCCAAUGUCCAGCUCUUUUUUGGGUCAAAACCACAGACAUCAAGACCAUGGUAGAGGUCGACCUCCUCCUAGUUUGUUUCAUCAGGUUCAUCCAUUCUGAGGGGCCCGGCCCAGGGUCUGCAAAUUUUGACCCAAAUGCAGAUUUCGGGUGAGCGAGACCACCUGCUGUAUACUGCCAAGCAGUACUAUGCGAAAAAAGCGUUUUGCUGGCACACACUAGUGUCACUA